AUGGCCACACAUCGUCUCGCUACCCGGUCUCAUCAAGGCGGCGUCUCUGACGGCGAUUGGGUUGAUGUGAGCGAUGGCCACGGACAACACACAGCUACAACCAUCUCGGAGUCUAUGCUGGAGCGUAUUAUACGUGUUACCGCGGAUGAAAAGAAUCUCAACAAGUUCUACAAUAUCAAGUUCUCAGCCACGAGAUCUCAUCGGUUGGAACGAUACUACAAUGAAGAGCUCGACAGUCUGUUUAAAGCUCCGUUCGAUAGGUACAGCCAAGAGGAUAAGGUAGACUUCUUACUCCUGCGUAACUAUUUGAGGCGCAAUCUCCGCGUCCUACUACUGGAUCGUGAGCGAGACGAACUGGUGAAGCCGGUUCUUCCAUUUAUCCAGCCGCUCAUCGAGAUAUGUGAAGCUCGGCAGAGCAUGAUUCCCGUCGACAGCAAAAAGACGGCCAUGAUAUUGAACGAGACAGCAAAGAAAAUAAUUGCAACAACAAAGGCCAUCAAAACGAAUGGUAUCAAGGCUAAUGACUCGACCUUCUCACGUGCUAUGAACACCAUUGACCAAAUCAGAGGCCAUGUGGAUGAGACCUACAGCUUCUACGCCCCCUACGACCCCCUAUUCCCCUUCUGGUGCGACGCGCCCAAAAGGGAACUGGACGAGGCCCUCACCGGUAUCAAGACGGCGAUAGACACCAAACUUACUGAGAAAAACGGGUCCGGGUCUAUCCGUGCUGCAGUAGAGCCCAUCGGGCGCUCCGGGCUGAUCACUGAGCUCGAAGCGGAAAUGAUACCCUACACGCCCGAGGAGCUUCUCAAGCUGGCGCAGGAACAGUACGAUUGGUGCGAAAAGGAGAUGAAGAAGGCUUCACGUAGUAUCAAGGUGGGCUCCAUUCGACCGGGAGGGAGUCAUGGAAGCGUAUCGGGUCUCGAGGUUCCUGGUACUGGCUUUGGCGACGACUGGAAGGCCGCGCAGGAAUAUGUCAAGAAUUCAUAUGUUGAGCCCGGUCAACAGCCUGAGAUGGUGCGGCAGUUGGCCUAUGAGGGCAUGGCUUUUGUGAAGAAGCAUGACCUAGUCACGGUCCCAGAAAUUGCGGGCAAGUCUCUCUGCGAAACGUGGCGUAUGUUUAUGAUUGACGCAGAACGUCAAAAGGAAUCCCCAUUCUUCCUUGGAGGCUCCUCAUUCUGGGUCUCGUAUCCCACCGCCGCCAUGGAUCACGACCUCAAGAUGAUGGUGAUGCGCGGAAACAACCCUCACUUCUCACGGGCGACGGCAUUCCACGAGUUAAUACCCGGCCAUCGUUUGCAGCUGUUCAUGGGCAAGCGCCACCAUCCGUACCGCGAGCUCUUUUCGACGCCCUUCUUCGUCGAGGGUUGGGCCAUGUAUUGGGAGUUCGUCUUCUGGAACAGGGGCGACUUCUUCGUGAGCCCCGAAGACAAGAUUGGAACCCUCUUCUGGAGGAUGCACCGAUGCGCGAGAAUCAUCUUCUCCCUCAAGUAUCACCUCGGCGAGAUGACGCCCCAAGAGUGCGUCGACUUGCUGGUUGACUGGGUCGGUCACGAACGUUCCAACGCAGAGGGAGAAGUCACGAGAUCGUUCGGCGGCGACUACUCCCCGUUGUACCAGGCCGGAUAUAUGCUAGGGGCGUUGCAAAUGCACGGAUUGCGGGAGGAGGUGCUGACGAAGGGGUUGAUGGGCGAGAAGGAACUCCACGAUAAGAUCCUGAGGGCGAACACGAUGCCAAUCGAGUUGCUUCGAGCGCUUCUCCUGAACCAGCCCCUGAGUCCGGAUACGGAAGCUCAGUGGAGCUCAUGCAGCCGCCGAUGUGCAAUGCGGGCGAAGACGGUGCGGGGCCGCCUCGGUCUUCGGGUUAUAUCGAGCGGCAACGCGGGCUAUUGGCCGUGGAACCAUAACUAUGCCAGCCUCCGCUCUACUUCACGCCCGAGCCACCAGGGCGAAGCCGGCGAUGCGGGCCACGAUGACUCGGGGGGCGCCUCGGAAGCUGCGGCGGCUCUCGCUUGCAACUGUUGCCGGCGCCGGAAGCUGCGAUGUUCCCGAGAGGUGCCAACAUGUCAGCAGUGCCGCAAGACAGGAAGCGAUUGUAUUUAUCAGUCGAAACGGUCUAAGCCGGGGAUGAAGGCUGGGGCCAUUGAGAACCUACACCGGAGACUGGAUGCGUUAGAAAGAACUGUUCACCAACAAAGGACCAAGAAUACAUCAAGCGAUCACAGACCAUCCGAGUCAAAUCACUCGCCCAGUCAAGACGAUGCCAACGGCAUCAAUAGCAGUCUUGAGAAUAAUGCAUACAGCAUCAUGGCAUUCUUUGCCAAAGAGCUACAUAAGUUCAACUCUAAAAGCGGAGGCUUACUUGCUGAGGAGCGUACGGAGGCCGAGUCGCAAGUACGAGCCAAGCGGCGUCGACUUGAUGAUCACGAACCUACUAACAGUACUUCCACGGGCGAUUCCAGCCCUACUUCGCCUGUCUUGCCAGAUAAAGAGGACCUUGAGAUCGUACUCAACGCUUAUUUCGCACACAUUCAUCCAUGGAUUCCGAUUAUACAUGAGGCGAGAUUCCGCCGUCGACUUCGCGAGCCAGGAGAAGCCAAACUUUUGCUCGCAGUAUUACAUGCCAUGGUCCUUUCUGCGUCAAGAUACAUAUCUGACGAAGAUGUUGCGACCAGCUUGUUUGGAGCGCACCAGCAAAGAAGAAUCGCCCGUGAUUGGGUCGUGUCAACAUCGAUGAAAACGUUCAGCGUGGAGAGCCAACAAGCUCUCAUCAUUGUCGCAUUCAAUGAUAUUGGAAGUGGUGAGGCUGCCAAAGCCUGGUCUCUGGUUGGUUCACUGACCCGGACCGUCGAGUAUCUUCAACUCACCGUUGAACACGACGACGUCGACCGGCCAUCAUUAUCUCAACCUUUCGUCUCACUCGCUCCGCCAGAAAGCUGGACCGAAGCCGAAGAGAGGCGCCGGGUCUUCUGGAACGUCUUCAAGCUCGAUAGACUCAUCUCAGUCACCAUGGGCUGGAACACGAGUCUCACCUCAGACGAUGUACACUGUCGCCUCCCCUGCGACGGCGUCCUCUGGCGCAAAGAAGACGAAGUCGUGACACCCUAUUUCGGGAUAUGGGACAAAGCCGCCGGCAGAAUCGGAAACCCCAUCGCCUUCAUCCCGUCUCACUACGCGCCGACAUUGCAAGCAGGUGCCUCAGAGGAAGAAACCAACACGCCCUCCGACGCCGGCACGUCACCGGGGGCACCGGCCGCCAACGUCGACAUGUCCACCGUCGGCGCCUUCGCCUACUGCAUCGAGGCGACCGAGUCCCUCAGCAGGCGCGACAUCAGCAGCUGGCUUACCCGCUUCAAGGAGCUCGACCUGCGUCUGGUCCACUGGAAGAUGCUCCUGCCCCAGAAAUGGAAGGCCAAUAUGGCGCGGCAGUCGACGCGGAUGGAUCCCAACCUCACGCUGGCGCACGCUGCGGCCGUAGAGAUUGCUAUUAUUGCGGAGAAUUACCUGAAGCACGCGCCUGCUGCGAUGCCUGUCUCAAGCCAGUUCGUGUUUUGUAUCUACGUGGCCGCCAGAGUGCUACUCCUUCGAUGGCGUUAUGAUCCUGGGACUGAAUUGGCUUCCGAGUUCUGGUCGCUAGUACAGAUUAUGAACGAUAUGGCUACCCGGUGGGCUGGCCCGCACAGCUUGGAGCCUGCGAGAGACAAUUUGCCUGGGAAGUAUUCGAGGAAGCUCACAGAGAUGCAUAUACGUUGCCGCGAUGAUGCAUCUUUCAACAUCAACGUCCUAGGCUACACCACAGAGAUCGAUCACACAGCUUCUCAAGAGCCUCCGUUAUCUUCUCACAUUAGACAGAAUGGGACUGGGGGACAUGAAGGAACCACUACCAAUGGAAGAAACAGGCGGCUCGCAGAUACACAGGUCGAGCCCGCUGCAAGUAGCCUCGACACCAUCGUUGUGGCACAACCACUCCCAUCCAACAAUCCGGCAUCAUUAACCAAUCCAACGCAGAACGCGAUUCUCGUAACCCCAGGGUUAGGCAUCAAUGGCGCUGAGCCAAUGGUGCAUUCCUCCAUGUACCACAGAAGCAGCGUCGGUGGUGGCGAUUUGAGCAACAUUUCCCAGAUGCUCCUCGACCAACAGUUCAUGGACAUGGAUAGAAUAAUCAGCUAUGAUGACGGCAUUUUCGAAACUGAAUACGAUGGUGGAGGAUGGUAA